CCUUGACUUGUUUUGUAGACCAGGAUCCAUGAUUACAUAUUCUCUGCUCCAUAACAGUGUUGCUUUGUACUAAGAAUGUCAUCCGUUCAAGGCUUCCCAGAUAGGUAUGUUCCAGUUGAUGGAGUAACUUCUACUAAAGCCUUCAUUGGUGUCACUUUAGUUAUUGCUGUGUUUGCUGUAAUUGUCGCACUCCUGAAGGGGCUGAUGAAGAAGAAGAAGAAGAAGAAGCCGAAAACAGAAGAAGAUGAACAAGGCACAAAACCAGGGGAAGAGGAGGCCAAAGUAGACGAACAAACGGUGGAGGUGUUCAUAGACAACAUGCUUAAAGAGAAACCUAUCAGGUUUUCUUCCCAAGAGCUUGUUAAUUUAACUAGUAAUUACUCCAUCAAGCUCGGUUCUGGUGGUUUUGGAGAAGUCUAUAAAGGGGAGCUUCCAAACGGAGUAAAAGUUGCUGUUAAGCGACUUAAAAAUAACGGCAUGGAUAAGAGACUCGAGCAGCAAUUCAUGGCAGAAGUCGGUACAAUCGGACGAACAUACCACAAAAACCUAGUCAGGCUCCUCGGAUUCUGCUUCAACGCCGAAACAAAGGCCCUGGUUUAUGAAUUCAUGGAGAAUGGUUCCCUUGACAAGCUACUAUUCGGAAAGAAACGCGAAUUUGAGUGGGGAAAAUUGUACGAGGUCGCGAUUGGAGCAGCUAAAGGGCUUGAGUAUCUUCACCAUUACAGUCACAAGAAGAUAAUCCAUUACGAUAUAAAACCAGGUAAUGUCUUACUUGAUUCAGAGUAUAGUCCGAAGCUCGCAGAUUUUGGACUCGCCAAGCUAUGCAAUAGAGAUAGCACGCAUGUUACCCUGUCCGGAGGCAGGGGAACUCCCGGAUAUGCAGCGCCAGAGCUUUGGAUGCCAUUUCCGGUAACGUAUAAAUGUGAUGUUUACAGUUUUGGGAUUAUGUUGUUUGAAAUCAUCGGACGGAGAAGGAAUAUUAAUGACAUAGAUGUAAGCAGCGAAAGUAGUACUCAUGAGUGGUUCCCGACACGAUUAUGGGGUAAGGUCGAGAAGGGAGAGUUGGAGAUUGAAUUGUUGGAGAACGGAAUCGAGGAGAAAGACAUGGUAAAAGCCAAGACCAUGACAAUGGUGGCAUUAUGGUGCGUUCAGUAUUUGCCUGAGACUAGACCUUCAAUGAGUAGUGUGGUGAAAAUACUCGAGGACGAAGUGCAGGUUACAAUGCCUUCGAAUCCAUUUCAGCACCUGAUCUCGCCUGUGAAUUCACCUUUGUGGACUGGUAGUAGCUCAUGCUCAACAACUGAUGAUGGAACAAUUGACAAAGAGAAAGAUGGUACCCGAACGACUAAGAAGUACGAAUAGAUUCUGUAAAUUAUAAACACAGAUGUUAUGUUGUCUAAUUACAUUUACUUUCGUUAUUACGUUAUCUAAUUACAUGUUAUGACUGAAUUUGUUAGGGAUACGUAGUGCUCCCGAAUGUCUUAUGUGUAUUACUGUAUAGUCUGUAUUAGUAAAUCUCCAAUUAGUGUGAUUUC